AAGUGUUGUGGUGGGGUUUUUGGGAGCCAGCUCUAGCGCCAGGGCUUAGAACCCAGUUCUUUCUGUGUUUGACACUCGCACGGUCGGAGCCAUGCAGCUGGAUAAUGUCACCAAUGCGGGCAUCCACUCCUUUCAGGGGCACCGUGGAGUUGCCAACAAGCCCAAUGUGAUCCUGCAGAUAGGGAAAUGCAGGGCAGAGAUGUUGGAGCAUGUCAGGAGGACCCACCGGCACCUCCUGUCUGAGGUCUCCAAGCAGGUGGAGCGCGAGCUGAAAGGCUUGCAGAAAUCAGUGGGGAAGUUAGAAAAUAACUUAGAGGACCAUGUCCCAACUGAUAACCAAAGAUGGAAGAAGUCCAUCAAGGCCUGCCUGGCCAGAUGCCAGGAAACCAUUGCCCAUCUGGAGAGGUGGGUCAAGAGAGAGAUGAAUGUUUGGAAGGAGGUCUUUUUCCGUCUGGAGAAGUGGGCCGACCGUCUGGAGUCCAUGGGAGGCAAAUAUUGCCCUGGGGACCAUGGCAAGCAGACUGUGUCCGUUGGGGUGGGAGGCCCAGAGAUAAGGCCGAGUGAGGGGGAGAUUUAUGAUUAUGCCCUUGAUAUGAGCCAAAUGUAUGCGCUGACCCCUCCUCCUGGGGAGGUGCCCAGCAUCCCCCAGGCCCACGAUUCCUACCAGUGGGUCUCCACGUCAGAGGAUGCUCCAGCCUCCCCAGUGGAGACCCAGGUCUUUGAGGAUCCCCGGGAGUUCUUGAGCCACUUGGAGGAAUACUUAAAGCAGGUGGGUGGAACAGAGGAGUACUGGCUGUCUCAGAUCCAAAACCACAUGAACGGCCCGGCUAAAAAGUGGUGGGAAUACAAGCAGGACUCUGUCAAGAACUGGGUCGAGUUCAAGAAGGAGUUCCUGCAGUACAGCGAGGGGACUCUGACUAGGGAUGCUAUCAAAAGGGAGCUGGAUUUGCCCCAGAAAGAGGGGGAGCCCCUGGACCAGUUCCUUUGGCGCAAGAGAGACUUGUACCAGACCCUCUAUGUUGAUGCAGAUGAGGAGGAAAUUAUCCAGUAUGUGGUAGGCACCCUCCAGCCCAAACUGAAGCGCUUCUUGAGUUAUCCCUUGCCCAAGACCUUAGAGCAGCUGAUCCAAAGAGGGAAGGAAGUCCAAGGCAACAUGGACCACUCGGAGGAGCCCAGCCCACAGAGGACCCCUGAGAUUCAGUCAGGAGAUUCUGUGGACAGCGUGCCUCCUUCCACCACUGCCAGUCCCGUGCCGAGCAAUGGGACUCAACCCGAGCCCCCGAGCCCACCAGCUACUGUCAUAUGAGCUCGUCCAAGGGAGGCAUCGGUCUGGGUUACAUGAAAGGGAGAAGGGGGCAUAUUUAGGAAGCUUCUCCUUGGAGAGAGGUUCUGGCUGAGACGAGACAUGAGGUGUGCUCGGUCCAACAGCCCAUAGCAGAGGAAUUCACUUUGCUUGUGGGGGGAGGGAGGCAAUGGGGGAGAGGCACCUUAGGACGUGGUUGCCCACCUCACCUGAGCCAUGCAAUACGGUGGUGCUGGAGAUACUCGCUUGCACCACUGUGGGGAACGGACAAUUUUAUGAGAUCCCUGACAAGAAACUAGAGACAAUUCCCAACUUCAGAGGCAGCCGCUUAGCACUGGCGGCUUUCAAGGACUUCAUAUGAGCGCAGCAAUUGGCUGAGGGUUCCUACCCAUCUGGAUCUCUCCUUCUCCUUCUCUCCUCCC